AAAAAGAAAAUACUAUAGCACCUAAAGACAAUACUAUAGUGGCUAAAGAAAAUGCUAUAGCACCUAAAGACAAUACUAUAGUAGCCAAAGAUAAUGCCUCAGCAGCCAAAGACACUACUAUAGCAGCCAAAGAUAAUGCCACGACAUCCAAAGACAAUGCUCCAGUGCUUGAGGACACUGAUACAGUAGUUAAAGAAAAUACUCAAGUGCUCGAGAAUACAUCUGUCGAAAAAGCAGAAAACGAAGUGCCUCAAGUUGAGUCAUUAGCAGCAGCUGUUGUGCCAGCAGAAGCCGGUUCUCGAUUCUAUAUUAAACGAAGCAUCAUUGUUGGGAAUGUCAGUAAAUACAUUGUACCAGAACGAAGAGAUCCUUCACUAAAGCAAUUCACGCAUAAAUGGAUGAUUUAUGUUGUCGAACCACCACAAUCAAAAGAAAAGAUUUCAACAUUCAUUACCUGUGUUCGGUUCUAUUUACACCCAAGCUAUAAGCCGCAUGAUGUCGUUGAUGUAACUGAACCGCCCUUCAAACUGACUCGAUUUGGUUGGGGUGAGUUUCCUAUCCGCAUCCAACUAUUCUUUGUCGAUAAGCGUAGAAACAAAGCAGUUGAUUUGAUUCAUCAUUUAAGACUGGACAAUUCACAUUCAGGGAAGCAGUUGUUGGGCGGAGAACGUAUGAUUGAAAUCGAAUUAGAUAGAAACACAGAUUUCAAAGACACUAGUUCACGCCCUUCUGCUCCAGGUAGUCCACCAAGCACACCUAUGCGAGACACAGAAUCGCCUGCUGUGAUGGCUGUAAAGCAAAAGAUGAGCCUAUUGAAUGGGCUACUAAAAGAAUGUGUUCGAAAACUACCGAUUAUUAGAGCCAACACACACGGUCUUACACUGCCUUAUACGUGUGCUCCCAGCUACAAAAUGUUCUUUAAAUGGUCUAUUGGUAAACGAAAAGGACUUGAGUGGCAUCGUGCUCGAAUAUUACGGAUAGAGACUCAAAAAAGAGCGUUUGACACAAAUGACAAUGUCUUGAGAAUGGCUGCUGAAGCAUUGGGUACAAAAGAUGUUGUGAUAUGGUGUAGAAAUAACAAAUAUACACCGAGUAAAUCAGAGCAAACAGAAGAGAUAAAGAAUUUAGACAAAGCACUGGGGUACUGCAAGUUUUGUGGUUAUUUAAGAGAUGAACAUGAUCAAACAGAUGAUGAUAGUUGCCCUCAAAGGCCUAAGGGAUGGAGCAGUAGAAAGCGCAAUGGUGGUAUCAACAGCAUCAGUAAUGUGACGCAUUUAUUAAACCAGCUUGAAAUGGGUUGGGAUGAAGUAAAAGAAGCAGAUGAAGAAAUGGAUAUUGAUGUGGAUGUAGAUCAAAGAACAGCUGGACAGACCAACAAGGAAAAAGAUACUUCUGAAAGAGUGAAGAGAUGGGCAUUAGAGUCUGAUGUGAUGGAUGUAGCAAACGAAAGAUCGCUUGAUUGGAUAUGGUCAGUUGUUGGUCAAUUGCGCUUAAAGAGCGUGAUAGCCAAUGAUAUGUUACUUGCAAAAGAUGGUAAUCUACAGGGCCCUACAUCAGACUUUGAUCUUGCUGCAGCCAUGAGUCAACGUUUGGUGGUUGGCAAUGUUUUAACACAGGCCACACGAAUCUUCCUCAAAAGAUUAUUAGACAAAACUGUAAAUAUCUCUCGCAAACAAGACAAUGCUACCGAUAAAUCAACCAGGAUGAUAGUGCCAUACCAUGUUUAUCAAGCAGCUCAACAGACACAAGAAUUCGACUUUCUUACAAACCAAUAUAUGGGUCCUGAAGAAAACUCAUAGCCCCCUUUUUUUUAAAAAAAAAGUUCAUUUUGUAUUCCCCUCCAUCUUUUCUCUUAUCAUCGUAAAUAGUACAUUUAACAAAUACAUAAUAAUCCAUCAUU